UGAGGGGAAGAGUGGGAUUCCUGUUUCUUUCUAUAGAGUAUCAUGACAAAGGUGACUUGAGGCAUACCAGAGAAGAGUGGAACUCCAGAUGCUGUUUGGACUAAUUCUUUCCACGAGGAUUUAUUGUCUAACAUGGACUAUAUUUGAAGGAAAAAAAACAGCUUCACAUUUUGGAUUAACUGCAUUUGAUUUGGAUUUUAAGGGUUCAUCCAGCAGUUGAGUAGUCAUGGAAGGUCUCGAAGCACUGAGUAAAAUGUCUUUGCUGAAAAUUUCCGCUGAGUGGAAGUGAUCCAGCAUGUAGCAGAGGUGUACAAGUCCCUUCACGCCUGGGAACAAUCCAACAAUAUAAUGGGGAAUUCAUACGCCGGGCAGCUGAAGUCUGCUCGAUUUGAAGAGGCUCUCCAUAACUCUAUUGAGGCGUCACUGCGCUCUAGCAGUGGAGAUCCACAGCCCAUCUUCACACAGCUCUACCUUGAGCCGGAGCCGUAUCCUGGUAACAUAGAAGACAUGAAGCCAAAAACCGACCUCCAUGGGGAGCCGCCAGGCCACGAGCUUAUGAAUGGCCACUCUUCCAAUGAUCUGGAGGAGCUGGAAGAGGAUGAUGACUCAGACAGCAGCAGUCCCCCACUUCCCUACCUACAGGCCCCCGCACCCGACGGCUGCUGCACACUAGAUGGCUUCUGUCAGGCCGGCAAGGACCUCCGCCUGGUCUCCAUAGCAACAGAGCCCAUCGAAGUCCCAGCAGGCUUCGAGCUGGUCGGUGCCAAGUCUCCCAGCGUCCCCGAGCACAUCCUGGUGUGCGCCGUGGACCGUCGCUUUUUGCCCGACGAGAAUGGGAAAAAUGCACUUUUAGGUUUUUCAGGAAACUGUGUGGGCUGUGGGGAAAAGGGUUUCAGAUACUUCACUGAGUUUUCAAACCACAUCAACCUGAAGUUAUCCACCCAGCCCAAGAAGCAGAAGCACUUAAAAUACUACCUGGUGAAGAAUUCACAGGGUGCUCUGUGCAAAGGACCCCUCAUCUGCUGGAAAGACUGUAAAACUCGUCAGUUCUCCAGCAGCGCCUCAUUGUCCAAACCCAGCUCAUCGUCUUCGCUUAGCAGUAAAGAAAACGGAGGCACCAGUGGACACAGCUCCUCACCCUUUUCCCUUUCGGAUUCUCCACCCACCAGAUCAACACAAGCCUCCUCUGUCUUUUUCGGGAGUCAGGACAUCAGCAGAGACUGCAGUUUCCUCAAACCUCUGGCGUCCACACCUGGAAACAAGACUCUGCCAAUAGUACCCACAGCGCUGAGGGUGAACGGGCCAACUAAUGGUCUGGGUGUUGAUGGGCGUCCUCCCUUGCUGAGCCCCUCCCAGGUCUCUUUAGGGCCUCAAGGUCAGGCAUAUCGUGCUUCUGACUUAGGAGACAGUCCUGUAUCCUCUGCCAUGAAUUCGGGGCCUCCAAAGAAGCGCCACCGGAGCUGGCAUCCCAGCGCAUUGGUACCUGUCCCACCGACAGCUGUCCCUGUGCCAGCCAUCCGGCCAAUAGUUUGUUCUCCAGGUUCUGUAUUAGGAGUGUCCUCUCCUCAGCCACCUGUGACAGGAGUGAUUCAGCCCCAACCUGUCACCGCUGGAGAGACGGUUAUCGUCCCUGACAACCUGCUCAACUCUUCAGGAGUUCGUCCUGUCAUCCUCAUUGGGCAUGGCACUUUACCUUAUUUGUAUGGGAACGUUGGGGAUAUAGUUGUGAGCCCCCUGCUGGUCAGCUGCUAUAAGAGCAGCCAGCUGACAGAGAAAACCCUGGAGACAUUGGGCCUCAACAGCAGCCAGCUUCUCUGUGUGGAAACAAUGAUUCUGCUCACUUUACAGUAUCUUGCACGUUUAGGCUCGGAGCAGAUUCCUCUGAGGGAGGAGCUGGAGCAGAUUGUUUUGAAGGCAAUGUUGUGCUGUCCUGGGGGUCCUGCCAUCUCUCCGUCCCAGCUGCCCUGGUUGGCACGGCUGGAAGCCAGCGUGUCUGGGGGCAGCGUCCAAGUCGUGGUUACCCAUAACUCUUUGGGAGAGGGCAUCUCUGAGUCACUUCGUUCUCUCAGUGAGGGUCCUCACCACCAGCAGUGCCUGCCCACAUAUGUAGUCAUUAUAUGUGCCUCUAAAAUGAGCGGCAACGAGUUCUGCGUGCUCGUUUUGGGAAAGUACCAAGCACGGGCCUUAUCUGAAGGCAUGCUUACAACCAAUGAGUUUCUGAAGGAAAUCAGCUAUGAACUAAUCACAGGAAAAGUCAGCAUCUUGGCGUCUCACUUCAAAUCCACGUCACUAGGGGAUAAUCUUGACAAGCAGCUGGUGCGAUACCAGCGUCGAAGGAAGGGUCAGGUCAUUCAGCCCUUUCAGGGCGAUGUCACUGACUACAUCCACUCCCAGGAGGUUGCCAGCAUGUCACCACCCUCAGACAGAGCAGAGAUGUUAAGUAAGGUCUUUCAGAUCUAUCCAACCCAGCUGAGCGUGGCUCGGAGCCUCCUCUCUCAAGUCUGCUCGAUCGCCGACUCAGGGACCCAGAAUCUUGAUUUGGGGCGUUUUUGUAAAGUGGAUUUUCUUGUUUUGGUCCCUCCUUCUCACAUUCUGGUACACCAGACAGCACAGCGCAUCCGACAAUCAGGAGUGCUUGUGGACCUGGGAAUUGAAGAUGUCUCCUUAGCCUACCAGAAAUCAGACAAGUACGUGGUACGCCUGGAUGGUGAAGUUCACACCAAGAUGGAAGCCUUCAUGAGGAAAGUCAAACAGAACCCCUACACCCUGUUUGUCCUCAUUCACGACAACUCACACGUCGACCUCACAAGUGCUCUGUCAGGUUCUGUGUGUCAUGGGGAGCUGCAGGGUUUGGCUGACCGGGUGGUGAACUGCCAGGAAGUCCUAGAUGCCAUGAACCUCCUGGUCCUACAGGUCAGCUGCUUCCCUUACACACUGCAGACCCGCCAGUCCCGCAUCAGCAUCCACAACGAAGUUCACUGGCCAUCCAAAGAAACUCUGCAGGGGGAGCAGUCUCCUAAUGAGCUGGUCUACUUUGGCCUGAGGGACUACAGCAGCUCCCUGCAGUGGGGCGUGGCCAGCCCCAUUCUGCGCUGUGAUGAUGCUUUUGAAAAGAUGGUCCACACUCUGCUGGAAAGACAUCCACACCUACACAGCAUGGUGAUCCGCAGCUACCUGCUGAUUCAGCAGUACACUGAGGCCAUGAUGGCCUUGACCUCUUCCCCCUCCCUGAGAGACCACAUAACCCCGGAGACCCUGGCCAUGGUGGAGGACCUGAUCAACGCCCCAAGCAGAGAGGGCUCCCAAGGCCGAGGCCACAUGCUGCUAGUUCGAGUCCCCUCGCUACAGCUGGCAAUGCUGGCCCGUGAGCGACUAGAGGACGUGAGGGACAAACUGGGCCUCCAGCUGUGCUUCGCUGUGCUGCUGGGAAGCCCCGCCACCGAACUCAACCUGCACAGGAACUUCACCAGCCGCCUCAAGGCGUGGAGAGGCUGUGAGAAUGAAGACUGGGUGCCGCACACUUAUGAGGAUCUGGAAGGGCUGCCAUGCAUCGUCAUCCUUACUGGGAAGGACCCUCUUGGAGAAACAUUCCCCAGGUCUCUGAAAUACAGUGACCUGCGUCUCAUAGACUCCAGCUACCUGACUCGUACAGCUCUGGAGCAGGAGGUGGGUCUGGCCUGCACCUAUGUGACCAUGGGCGUGGUCCAGGAGCCCACGAAGACCAUGGCCCCUCGGGAAUCAGAUGGAGAGAAGGCCACCACCAGCUUGAAUGAUGGGGAUGAGCUGGAAAGGCCUCAGAGCAACGGCAGCGCUGCAACCAGAACCUCUGGCUCAUUGGCAGAGAAUGGUGUCAGUUCCUCUGACGUUGCCGACGCCUUACAGAAGCCCUCCACCUCCGCCUGCCCCCCUGAAGGUGCCGUCACCUGUGACAUGGGCACAGUGACACAAGGCUUCAAGCAGGAGUGCGAUUCCCUGGGAAGCCAGCUCUCCUCCAACCCCUCCAAAACCUCCAAGGCACCACCUUCUCUUUACUCUAGUUCCUCCUCCUCCUCCCCCUCACCAUCCUCCUCCUCCACUCAGAGGCCCAGCCAGUCCACACAGUGCGGUCGAGACCCUAAGCCCACCCGGGUGUCACCGCGGACAGUCAUCAUGUCACGGGCAGCGUACAACCUGCUGGCGGGGGAGUCGGGGAGUCAGCUGAGCUCCUUCUCCCUGCUGCCUCAUGCGGAUGUGGCCUGGAGCAGCCCGUUGAGGCCCGUUAUCACUCACAACCUGCAGGGGGCGGAUCAGAGCAUGUACUACCGCCAGUGGACCAUCGCCAGGCAGCAUCACGCUGAUUAUGAAGCACCACCUGUGCCACAUCCAAGACGCCUGCUGCUCAGUGGACCCCCACAGGUGGGAAAGACUGGUGCCUAUCUGCAGUUUCUUCGUAUCCUGUUUCGAAUGCUCAUCAGACUGUUGGAGGUAGAUGUGUAUGAUGAAGAAGAGGAGGAGGAAGAAGAAACAUCAGAGGUUCCAACUCCAGUAUAUAACCAGUUACCUGACAUUGAGGAUGUUCGAAAGCUGCCCUUUGACCCUUACCCUCAGGACCCUAAGUUCAGGAAGGCCAGCCCUGUUUACACUGACAAGAUGCCAAAGUGCUCAAAAGAUUUUAAGCAAGAAGGAGAGAGCCAAACACCAGCCAAACGAGAGACCAGGUCCAUACGUCUGAGCAGGUUUGCCGCCCACAAUGCCUUUCAUCACUGUGAACAGUGUCACCACUACUGUGAAGCAGGUCCUGCCACACAGCUGUCGGAGUGCACCUUCCAUGCUUUCACCUUCUGCUCGUCCAUGCUGGGGGAGGAGGUCCAGCUCCAGUUUGUCAUUCCUAAAGCCAAAGAGCAGCACUUUAUCUUCAGUCAGCAGGGGAGCCACUUGGAGAGCAUGCGCCUGCCUUUGGUCUCCACCAAGGACCCUGAUCUGUUAAAGAGUCCAAUCUUCACCCCAACUACAGGACGCCAGGAGCAUGGCCUGCUCAACAUUUUCCAUGCCAUGGAGGGCGCCACUCAUCUGCAUAUUCUGGUGGUUAAGCAAUUCGAGAUGCCCCACUACAGGAAGUACUGGCCCAACCACAUUCUGCUCGUCCUGCCAGCUAUGUUCAACAACGCAGGAGUUGGUGCUGCUCGCUUCAUGAUCAAAGAGCUGUCAUACCAUAACCUGGAGCUGGAGAGAAACCGACUGGAAGAGCAAGGUGUCAAGAGGCAAGAUGUAUGGCCUUUCAUUGUCAUGAUGGACGACUCCUGCGUGCUGUGGAACUGCCACCAGUCAACAGACAGCAGUGAGCCAUCGGAUGGAGGCUCAGCCUUCACCAACGUAUCUCUGAAGAUGGUGCUGCAGCAUAUGGAAACCACACCAAAGAUCUCCCUGUACGCAAUGUGCGGUACGCGCAAGUGGAGCAGCAGCCUGGCUCGCAGGUCUCCCAGCCACCCCUUCAGUCGCUGUCACCUCCACGACUUUGUCAUGCUUAAUGUGGACCUGACGCAGAAUGUUCAGUAUGACCUUAAUCGGUAUAGCUGUGAGGAGGUGGACUUUAAUUUAAGGGUGAACAGCAGUGGGCUGCUGCUGUGUCGCUUCAACUACUUCAGCCUCAUGAAGAAACACAUUCCAGUUGGGGGAAACAAAGACUUCCUGGUCAAACCUAAACUCAUGGAAAUACAAAACCCCGCCACCAUCAGUCCGUCCCAGUAUGUUUGUGCCCCAGACAGCGAGCAGACCCUCCUGGAUGCCCCGGCCCAGUUCCUACUUGAAAGGUUCCUGCAAAGCUGCAGCCACAGACUGUUUCCAAAGGCUGUUCAGAACAGAAACAACCCAGUUCUGUCCAUCGACAGCUACCUCAACAUCAGCCCAGAGAUUUCAGUGUGCUACAUCAACUCUCGUCCACACUCCACCAACCUGAACCACCAGGGUCUGUUGUUCAGUGGUCUGCUGCUUUACCUCUGUGACUCCUUCGUUGUCUCCGGACUCCUCAAGAAAUUCCGCUUCCUCAAAGGUGCCACUCUCUGUGUGAUCAGCCAGGACCGAAGUUCGCUGCGUCAGACCAUCGUCCGACUAGAGCUGGAGGAUGAGUGGCAAUUCCGCCUGCGGGACGAGUUUCAGACAGCCAACUGCAGCGAGGACCGGCCCCUCUACUUUCUGACUGGCCGCCAUGUUUGAACCUGAAAUGUCCUGGGUCCACUGCUGUGCUGCAGAAACACAAUCAGGAAUGAGGAUAGAUUUGAUUCCAAACCAGCCAGCAAUCACAAAUCUUGCCAUUCCAGUGGAAGAUCAGAGGGGAUAUGCUGGAACACAAGAUCCAAAGUGCCCCACAAGGACACAUGGCUGCCUAAUUUGGCUUCCCCUACAACUGUACUACCACAGUGCACUAUGCCUGGCUCCAAAGUGGGUCAGUGCAUAUUUUAACUCUUGCUUGUAGCUGGGCUUGUCUCCACUUGAGCUUGUGUUCUACUGAAAAAGACUUUGCUGUAAAAAGAAAGCACAGCUGAAACUGAACUUUAUUUGUUUUGUUGUUGUAUUUCGCAAAAAUGGACGCUCGCCGAUCAAUGAUGUGACUAUUUGAAGAUUGUAUGUGUACAUGGACUUUGACUGUAUGUUCUAUUCUGGACAUGCAUGUUUAUCUCAGGGUUUUAAAGGGAGAUCCAAAGGAGGUUGUUCAAAGGGGUAAAGCUUUCCUCCAACUUCAUUUUUGGCAUUAACCUAUGUUGGCACCAAAGACGUCUUACCUGCUCUGCCUCUCAAACUCGGCAAAGCUAUAAGAAGUCAGCUCAUUACAUUAAAAAAAUAAACUUAAGAGGUUGGCCCGCAUUGGAUUUAUAUCAUCAUGAAUAAUUCUACUAUGGGUUUCAAAUAAUAAGCCACUAUUUGAGCUGGUACAUUUAAUCUGCAAAUAGUGACCCCCUUUCCUCUUGUGCCUCCUAAAAAUAUUUAUGUGGCAUUGAUAAUCUGUCUGUGUGUGGUUUUAGUUUCCAGAUGAUUUACACACAAAUGUAUCCAAAGACUUUAAUCACAACUAAAGAAAAGUACAACUUUUCAAGAAUGUAGUACGUUAAUGUUCUAUCAUGGGCUUGAAUAUAGAACUAUGAAGCAGGUCUGUUGUCCAAAACAGAUUUAUCUGACUUGCCACAGGGAUUUACUCCUCUGUUAAUGUGGGAUGCCAAUCACAUGGAGCAACAUGGAAAUAAGACUUGUUUACUGGUUUGCUCUAAAUGACAUAUGUUUUGUAUUUAGGCAUCCACUGGCUUAAAUAUUGGGUAUUUUAAGCAUAACCACAUCGCGUCAGUAAAUGCUAUAUAGAAAUCACUGCCAAAUAUUCUGCUACUGACUGUCUUGGCUACCACCCACACAUUAAACUCAUAAUCUGCCAUAUUUUGCUGCCAAACCAAAGGGUAAUCAAGGAAGCUUUACACACUCAAAAGCGGUUGACCAGAUCAUUCCAUAAACUUGAAAGUGGAAUGUUUUUAUAUGUUUCUGCACAGGGUUGUCCAAAGAAUAUGCCUUAAGUGACGUUUCAUACAGUCACUACAGAACUACUACAGAAUGAAGAAACCAUUUAACUGUGAGGCGAAAAAAUGUUGUUUCUCUGAGUGAAGCAAAAUGAAAUAAUUGGAUUUCGGACUACUGUACUGUUUAAAGCUUUGUUUACAUUAUUAAUAUAUUAUAUCAUCCCCUUAACCACUGAGGGUUAUUGAUGGUUUUUUUAGUCUUGUGUAACUUUUGCCAGUAUAUUUUGGUCAUGAUGUCUUUCUGCAUUUUAUGUUGCAAAGGCAAGAAGAAUCUACCUAGAUGUGUCCUUAACCAUAUGUCUGUAUUCCUUCCUGUUCUUGUGUUGGAUUUUUAUUGAAAAUGAAAAUCAGGUCCAUGAGGGAUUCUUAUUUAUUUGACAAGCAUUUUGGACUGAUAAUCAUAUUGAAGUGUUAUAUUUGAUUGCAUGCUGAGCUCGAUUAAACCGAGGGAGUGUGUCCUCUUCAAAACCAUCCACGAAGGCUUUGCAGAAGACCCAAACGAAUGAUUCUUAGAUCUACUGAAUGUCAUUGGGGGUAGGGAAUGUGAACUUGCACUACAAGUUGCCAGCAGAAAAAUAUAUUCCCCACCAUUAAAUGAACCCAAAAAUCAGUCCAAAUGUAAGACUGGUGAUCAAAACUUUUAACUUAAACUCCAAUGGUCCAUAGAAUGUGUCUUUCUUAUUAAUAAUUUAACACUUAAUAUGCAACUUGCUCUCACAAUCUUCACUGAAAUGUGUUUGAUGACCAUGUGCCCAGUGGUAGCCUUGGUGUCUGGGUGAUCUACCUCAUGUUUACCAUUGUGAUUGUGGGCUGUGAACAUAUAACAUUAGAGCCAUGCUAUUGUUGUUGAAAAUGUAUGAAUGUAAUAAAUUGUCUUCUAAAUUCA